AGAUUUGGACUGUGCAUCAAUGUAGUAAGUUUGCUCUAUUUUUUUCACGCGUACUUUUUUCAUCGUUUCUCAAAGUCUGCCUUUGAGUUUUCAACUUCUUGAUGUACUGGUUGAAAGAAUAGUCAAAAGAAUACAACUGCCACGAAAUGCCACUUUGCGGUUGUGUCGUUGGAUGUUGCUAUCCUGAGGUAAGCUCGUUCUGACUUGUGACCCACUGACCCUCCAACAACAUGAAUAGAAGUAAUGCUAUGGUUUUGUCCACAUGCAGACCCAUUGCACCUCGUACAGAAGUGGUGGUCCCAAUGUGAUUUUGCAUCAUUUGAAAUAUCAGAAACUCAUUUCCAUGGGGAUAAAAAGGUGUACCUAGGUGUGGUGCUAGGAAGACAAAAAAAAGUUUUGCAUCCUCAUUUUCCGAAUUCACCUUCUGUGAGCUGGAGAUGAUUGGACUGGGUUGCUCCAUCCUGUUCUAUGGCUUGAACUGAGGACUCAUGAGGUUCACAUAUUGAAAUUUAUAGAUCUCUAUAGACCUAAGGAGUGGCUGCUUUGUAACAUUGGCGAACGGAAUGGAGGAUACUCUGCAAGCACUUGAUGACCUGAUUUCCCAGUUUCUGAGCUUAAAUCGGUCCCUCUGGUCCAGUUCUGAUGAUGCUAAUGCCUUCUUAGAAGCUGUGGAUGAACUAACUUCCACCAUCCAUGGCCUUGAGAACACCUCAGAGGAUCAUGUGCUCCUUGAGAGCUUUGACCUCCUUCUGGAGCGUUGUUCUAUGAGGCUUAAAGAUGAGUUCCAGCACCUGAUUGCUACAUCUGGCUUCGAUGACAACCAUGGUGACCACAAUAUCAAGAAAAGCCAGGAUGUAGAUGACAGCCACACCUUUGUAGCACUACCGAUUAGAGACUUUGGUAUCAUUGUUGAUGCCUUACCAGAGGGUGUAUCCACUGAGGCAAAUCGAAUUGCAAGAAGGAUGAUUGCUGCUGGUUUUGGUGAUAUAUGCGUUGAGACCUAUGCUUCUGCACGCCGCAACUUCAUUGAUGAGAGCAUUGCUCGUCUUGGCGUUCAUGCUAAAUUGGCAGAAAGGUUCAAGUCAGCAUCAUGGGAGGAGCUUGAGACUCAGAUCAUGCGCUGGAUCCCUGCAAUCCGAGUUGUGUUCCACAUCUUAAUCCCGAGUGAGCGCAAUCUUUGCAAUUGCAUUUUCGAUGGGUUUACAUCUUACAGUGACCUUGCCUUUGCCACUGCAUGCAAACCAUUUCUUCAGCUCUUGUCCUUUGCCAACUUUAUUGCUGCUGCUGGACAGAACCCGGAGAGUCUUUUCCGCAUUGUUGACAUGUAUGAUGCUUUAACGUGUAUCCUUCCUGUCCUUGAUGAAACCUUUGAUCAUGAGAUAGCUGCUCUUCGUGAAUGCCUUGGAUUGUCAAUUAAGGGCAUAUUUGUGGCUCUAGAAAAACUGAUACGAGGUGAUUCAAGUGAGUCUGCACCACCAGAUGGUGGAGUUCAUCCAAUAACAAGGUAUGUAAUGAACUACCUUAUGGCAGCAUGUGCAUCUCGUCAUACUUUGGAAGAAGUGAUGCAUUUGGAGUUUGGUUGUGCUGAAACAUGUCCGAUCAACCCGGACCGCCCAACAUCAUCGCUGGCGGUCUGCUUUGCUUGGAUUGUGGACGUGCUCAUAAAGAAUCUUGAGUCAAAAUCCAGGAUUUAUGGUCAUGUUCCACUCAGCCGUGUCUUCCUGAUUAACAGUGGGAUCUAUAUAAUCAAGAAAGUCAAUGGUUGUGAGCUUAAGGUCUUGCUCGGCGAGGAUUGGAUCAGGGUAAUAUCUGCAAAGGUCCACCAAUGGGUGUUGGAGUACCGUAGGGCUACCUGGGGGAGGGCCAUCAUGAUACUUGAGACGGACAGAAGGUCUGGCAGCAGUUCCAGUGUUGUGGUAGAGAAGCUGAACCACUUCCAUGACUUUGUGCAAGCGAUUUGCCAGGUGCAGUCACGGUGGGUACUGGUGGAGAAGCAGCAAGCAAUGGAUUUGAGCACUAUGGUAGAGGAGCUGGUUAUACCAGUCUACAGGGAUACAAUUGAGAUGUUAAAUGCAACAGAGGCUGUAGGGGCUUCAUAUGUGCGACCUGAGGAUGUGAAGUUGCAGAUUCAGCAUUUGUUCAAAGCAAUGGCCAAGUUAUAGAGUGGCUUUAGUUCUGGCUGCCGCUGGCGUAUUUGUGUUUAAUUUCUCAGGAGAGUGAUGUAAUUUAUGUUUUUAUGUCUCAGUCUCCUCUAUUAUUUUCACAUUUGUAUGUUACAGUGGCUGAUGUUUUGCUAACUAGAGUCAUGUGAACUCCUGUAGCAACUGGGUCUUUUAUGCUAGCACAGUGCUAUUGUCAGUUACGUACUAUAAUUCAAUAACUGUACAGAAGUUCAGUUUGCUACUAAACUUGCACUAUAUGUGAUCAAACGUCAACGAUGAUUGAUA